CUGGUCUUAGGCACCAAAAUCCUUGGUGCAAAUCCAAGUGGUAGAAAUGAACCUAAUAACCCCAACAAUCAAUUUAACAAUCUUCUUAUCCCUAGUUAUAGCCAUCAUAAAACCACAAAAUACCAAAUACACACUAAUACUAAUAUUCAUGAUUAGCCUAGCCCCAAUCAACCAAGUAAUAAACAACAAUGAAAUUACACUAACGCUUACACCAGCCAUUCACAUAACAACAGAAAACAUUAACAUUUCAAUAACACUAGACAAUUUAUCACUACUAUUCAUACCAAUCGCCCUAUUUAUCACAUGGUCAAUCACAGAAUUCUCAUCCUGAUAUAUAUACAAUGACCCAUAUAAAAAUAAAUUCAUUAAAUACCUUCUAAUGUUUCUAAUUGCAAUACUGAUAAUUAUCACGGCAAACAACAUAUAUCAACUCUUCAUCGGGUGGGAGGGUGUUGGAAUUAUAUCUUUCCUACUAAUUGGAUGAUGACAUGGACGUCAAGACGCAAAAACAGCAGCCCUACAAGCAAUCAUCUACAACCGUAUCGGAGAUGUCGGGCUCAUUAUAGCCACAUCAUGACUAAUAACCACAUCCUCAAUCAACAUACAAGAACUCAUAAUACAACAUGAAACUAUAAGUACACUACCUAUAAUUGGACUAUUAACAGCAGCGGCAGGAAAAUCAGCACAGUUUGGACUCCACCAUUGAUUACCUUCAGCCAUAGAAGGCCCCACCCCAGUAUCAGCUCUACUCCACUCAAGCACAAUAGUUGUAGCAGGGGUUUUCCUAUUAAUCCGACUACACCCAGUAUUACAAAAUAAUAAAACAAUAAUAACACUAUGCCUAAUCCUUGGCGCAACAACAACAGUAUUCGCCGCAGCAGCAGCAACAACCCACAUAGAUAUUAAAAAAAUCAUCGCCUUAUCAACCACAAGCCAACUAGGACUUAUAAUAACCAUAGUUGGACUAAACCAACCCACCUUAGCCUUCCUGCACAUAAUUACCCACUCCUUCUUCAAAGCCUUACUGUUCUUAUGCUCUGGGUCUUUUAUCCACAACCUAAAUAACGAACAAGAUAUUCGAUCAAUAGGCGGCCUUAUAAAAAAUAUACCAAUAACCUCAUCAUUUAUGACUAUUGCUACCCUAUCCCUGAUAGGGACACCAUUUCUAUCCGGAUUCUAUUCAAAAGAUACCAUUAUCGAAACAAUACUUAAUUCCCACACAAACUCAUGAGCUAUUACAAUCACACUAAUCGCUACCGUAUUAUCCGCUUCUUACAGCACACAAAUCAUCAUUGCUACACUAACUAAAUACCCACGAACCAACCACAGCACGCACAAAGAAACAAAAAAGAUUAUUAAUCCAUUAAUCCGGCUAACACUUAUAUCAAUCAUAGCAGGAACCAUAAUAAAAAUCUCAACCCUACAAAACACAACAACAAUUACUAUACCAAAAAUAAUCAAGCUAUCAGCACUAACAGCUACACUACUUGGAAUCAUUCUAUCUAAAGACCUCUCCAUAACCACACAACACCUCAAACCAAAAAAAUUAAUAAUUUACAACCUAAUAUUAAACCAACUAGCAUUCUUUAACAUCCCCCACCGAGCUAUCACAAUAUUUACAUUAAAAACUAGCCAACAAAACUCAACAGAACUUAUAGACCUUUGAACAUUAGAAAUCUGAGGACCAAAAGGACUAUCAAACGUACUCACCCAUAUAAUCCACGUAUCGACCCAACAAAAAAACAUAAUUAAAAACUAUAUAAUAACCUUCACAAUCACACUAGCAAUCUCACUAUUACUACUAAAAAGGCCGAAACCCGCCAAGACGAGAUCAACCUAAAAUAACUAAAAUAGAAAACAGAACAAUUAAUAACCCCCAAGAACACACAAUCAAACCAGCCCCACCAUUAAAAUAAAACACACUGUUUCCAUUAACCUCCAAGCACACUAUAUCCUCCCAAUCAACAUAACACAACAAACCACCAACCCCAUCAUACAUUAUCAGUAAAACAACAAUUAAAACAACAGCAAAAGCCACAAAAUACUUAAACCCACCAACAAAAAUAUCACUGCUAUCCUUCUCUACACUAACACAAUACCCAAAAACUACCACCAACCCACCCAAAUAAACAAUAUAUAUCACCAAAGCUGCAAACGUACGCCCCAAAACAACCAUAAAUACACAACAAAAAAAAGAAACCCCCAUAAGAGCAACUACCCCUUGAUACGGGGAGAAGGCCGAACCCAAAACAACAACCCCAAUAACCACAAAUACCAAAAUUAAACCAAUAAUAUAAUUAAUAACUAACAUAAUUCUUGCUCGAAAGAGACCUGCGGCCUGAAAAACCACCGUUGUAAAUCAACUACAAAAAUA